AUGGAAAAUGAACAACCGAAGAAUCUCAUUGCUUUAUUAGUUUCAUCAUUGAAUGAAGAAGCUAAUGACGAUCAAGUUUUAUCUGGUCUAACACGUGCAGAGAUCUUCGAUGAAGUUUUGAUGAUGAUUAUGACUGGUUACGAAACGACAUCAACUGCUCUAUCAUGGUUCAUAUUUUUUGCAAGUAAAAAUCCUCAAAUACAACAAAGAAUGAAAGAAGAAUUGCGCAAACAUCAUCUUCUGAUGAUAGAUAAUCUCAAAUAUGUACCACCACUAACAGUAGACAAUUUAACUUCACUAACCUAUUGUGAAUGUGUGACAAAAGAGGUCUUACGUUUGGGUCCUGUCUUUGGAUUGACAUCCCGUAUAGCUACUUAUGAUACUAUCGUUGACGAUGUGAAGAUUCAUCGUGGUCAAACUAUUCUUAUUGCUUUGCAUAACAUAAAUACUGAUGCUCGGUAUUGGCAUCAUGGUGAUCCUCAAUAA